ACCUUGCGUUCAAGGCGCAGUACCGCCGAACGCCUUCUUGACUACGAUUACUCAACGCACUCCAACUACUAUAAAGUCAACAAAAGACAGUAAAGUUACACAGCGCAGCGAACCCUAAAGAAUCUCCGCUUGGUCAAUUCUACACGAUGUCGUCCAAUUACUCCUUCUACAGCAUCCCGAUAUACUGGAUUGUAGCGCUCUAUCCGCAUGCCUAUGCCGCAGGCGUGAUCAAGAAAGCAAACAACAACAAAUGGAACAAUCAGAGUCCGCGGAGCACGGAGGCGAAUGAACAAUACAAAAAGUCUGUACCAGCGGACGUGUACGCGACGUAUGAGCGCGCGGAAGCAGCUCAUAAGAAUGCGAUGGAGAAUGCGCCCUUUUUUAUCGGUGCCGUGCUGGCGGGGAACUAUGCCGGUCUGAGUCCAUCAACGCUGAACUUCAUCACGGGAGCCUACCUUGGUCUGAGAAUUUUGUAUAGUGUGCUCUACAUCAACACCACUACGCAGAAGUCUUCGUAUCUCAGGUCGUUGACGUGGCUAUCUUCGAUUGUUCUUCUCAUUGGAACGUACAUCAAGGCCGGAAACAAUCUAUCAGCCAAGUAGAGGAGCGAAUUGAACUAUUUACCCUGUCCU